CCCAAACUACGAACGCCUCGACUAACAAUGAAUCACUUUUAACCGUAUAUGAACGUAGUUUUUCGAGGAAUAACAAUCCAACGAUUCAGUUAAUUUUUGUUGAACCCUCGUCAAGCUGAUGCAACUAUUUAGCGUAUCGCACGACUGAUUUACAACUGUUUACAAAGAGAGUCCCGGGUGGAAAUACGAUUUUAGCAAAGGAUGGCUUCUCGCGGGAAAUCAGAAACGGGAAAACUGAGACAAAAUAUGGAGGAGCAACUUGACAGACUGAUGCAGCAGCUUCAGGACCUGGAGGAAUGCAGAGAAGAACUGGAUGAGGAGGAAUAUGAGGAGACAAAAAAGGAAACCUUGGAACAGCUGAGUGAAUUCAAUGACUCCCUGAAGAAGAUCAUGACAGGAGACAUGACACUCGUGGAUGAACUCAGUGGAAUGCAGCUGGCAAUCCAGGCUGCCAUUAGCCAAGCAUUCAAAACCCCAGAGGUGAUCCGACUUUUUGCUAAGAAGCAACCAGGACAGCUGAGAACCAGACUAGCAGAGAUGGACCGAGAUGUCAUGGUGGGGAAACUGUCACGGGAUGUGUACACGCAGCAGAAAAUGGAAAUCCUCACAGCCUUGAGAAAACUUGGAGAGAAGCUCACUUCGGAGGAUGAGACUUUCCUCACUGAAAAUGCUACAGCUACUCUGAGCCAGUUUGAAAAAGUGACCGCAAAUUUAGGCUCCGAAGACAAAAUUAUGGCUUUAGCGAGCUCUGGCGUUAAAACCAAGGCAUAGUGAACAAAAUGUUGAUUUUAACGCUCUGCCUUUAAUACCAAGAAAGAAAAGUGCCAUUUUGUAAACAAUCAGUGCACCCCUAGGCGUUGCUGUUGAUGCUAACACUUUUUUUAACAGUAUUGUUUCAUACCCCUCAAAUUUUGUAAAUGUCUAUCAUUUGUCCUGAUGGUAGGCUUGCGUGGUAUCUAGUUUUACAUACCUUCCUGACAUUUCACUAGGGUAUACGUUAUACGAGGGUAUUUGUGGGCAAGAGAAUAGACUUGGGACAUUCUGCACAAUCCUGGCAUUUUUUAAAUAGCCAAGCUACCAUCAACAGGGAUAGCAAUUUAUUUUUAUUUUUUUUAUUCACUGACCCAGAUUUUUAAAAAGUACAUAAAGUACUCUCUGCAGUGGAAAAAGAAGUAGAAAAGGGUAACUGUACCAAAAGCAUGUGGUGUCGAGCCGCACCACGCAGUGGAAAUUUCUCAGCUCAGCUGCUUGUUCCACUGGUAGACACUGACCUAUGAUAGCCUACAUCGGCUCAAUACAGCAUCUUUGGAUCAGUUUAGUAGAAAGAGGGGGCGUGUGUAUUUUUGACGGUAUUGAAAAUCGUACCUUUGGGGUUUCUAACCACCCUGGUAUAACUUUUUAAAAACUGACACCGCUCAAGUCUACCUGAUGGGUGUAUUGUUGGUACGAGCAUGUGGUUUGUUAAAUAUAAAGACAUGAAUGUGAAGGAUAGUCAUAGCAGUUCAAGAGAAAUAUUGUGUUGUGGUUUGCUGUAUUUCUUCUUGGGUUGCUGUGUCUGUCUUAAAACCUGAAAAUUUAGCUUUGUUGUUUUUAAAAUGUUGAUUUCCUGUACGAGUGCUGCAAAUAUUCAAGAUGUAAAUUUAUUUUAACUAAACUGUGCUGUCUACAGGGAUUUGGACAAAAUAACAGAAAUACUAUGCAAAAGAGAACUUUGAAGGAACUAAAUUACACUACAAGUGCAGUAAUACUAGUAAGUCUGGCGAAGAAACUGCAUUUAUCCAGGGCAAAUAAAGCGUUAAGAUAAAGGUGAAAUGAGCACCAAUCUGGACUGAAUAAAUGUGAUCAGAUGCGUAUUUGACCAGUUUGCCUACAAAUUGGAUUAGAAAUCUGCUGGAUGGAUUAGUUGCCAUCUGUUAAACAUUGUGGAGGUUUCCACAGCCAUCUCACGAGAGUGAUUCAGGUUGAUUUACAGUCUGUGUGGACGUUUAACAAGUCGUGUAACAUGAGGUCACUUAACAGUAUCAGAUGCAGCUUGUGCUGUUGUUCAUGGUGUCCUCAUACCGUUAAACCCCCCAGGAUUACAAACAAAAAAAGAUGAACAGGAUGAAAUAAAAACUGUUGACAUAAGAGUGAUGGAGCUGUGUUAAGUGAACAUACUGGAUGGCAGAAUAUGAACUAGAUGUUCACCUCCUUUCUCUGAAAUAACUAGGAGGAUCAUCCUGAAAAAAAGUAUACGUUUAGCACGCAUGUUUCCAUUAUUUUGUCCACCACCUAUAUAUAUAUCAAGUAUUUCAAACUGCUUCGGUUGACAACUGUGGUUCUAUAUUAGCAGUAAUCGAGUUUAAUAUUGCAUUAUAUUCCAUUUUUAAGUUUGACUACUUGAACUUAUUUACAGCUUAACAAUGCGUUUACAGCAUCAAUCAUAAUUUGAAGCAUUGUUUCUUCUGAAUGUGAGUAUUAAAAGAAAAAUCAAUGGUG